UAGCAGGUGCUACAGUGCUACUCCUAUGUGUCGUGUAACUGGAUCAGAUUGGGAGCGAAUCCAUGAAUCAAUAGCAGCUAGCUAGGGCAGAACGGAGCAGCUGGGCUUGGGCGGAGACUAUAUUCAUCAAUCAAUGGAGCAGGCAGCGAAGGUCACCAUCUCCCUGUCGGCGGCAGCGCCCGCUCGGUGUUGCAUGGCAGCAGCAUGUCCUUACCGCUCUAUGCCGCGCCCUCGCAGAGGUUGCUUUGCUCGAUCCAGCUCCUCCCUCCGGCAUGCCCCUUCUUCUGUUCGUGUUUACGCCGCGGCAACGACGACGCCGGAGCCCAAGACGAAAGACAAAGACCUAGCCUUCGUCGCCGGAGCCACCGGAAAGGUGGGAUCACGAGCUGUAAGGGAGCUCAUCAAGCUCGGCUUCCGCGUCCGCGCCGGCGUUAGAAGCGCACAGAGAGCAUCAUCCCUUGUGCAGAGCGUCGAGCAAUUGAAACUCGAUGACGACGCAAAUUCGCCCGCAGAAAGGCUGGAGCUCGUAGAAUGCGACCUGGAGAAGCAGGCACAGGCAAACAUCGAGUCGGCCAUUGGCAACGCCUCAGUUGUGGUGUGUUCCAUCGGCGCAAGCGAGAAGGACAUCCUGGAUGUAACGGGCCCCUACCGUAUUGAUUUCAUGGCCACCAACAACCUUGUGCAGGCUGCAACUGCUGCAAAGGUUGAGCACUUCAUCCUGGUUACAUCCCUGGGAACAAACAGGAUUGGCUUCCCUGCUUUUCUUCUCAACUUGUUUUGGGGGGUUCUGUGCUGGAAAAGACGAGCUGAAGAAGUGCUGAUCGGCAGCGGCCUUGCCUACACGAUCGUCCGACCUGGUGGAAUGGAGAGGCCAACGGACGCAUUUAAGGAUACGCACAACCUGGUGGUGGCAGGAGAGGACACCUACGUAGGGGGACUCGUCUCCAACCUGCAGGUGGCGGAGCUCAUCGCGUGCAUUGCCACCAACAGGAGGGCGGCCUACUGCAAGGUCGUCGAAGCAGUCGCCGAAACCACAGCGCCCUUGCUGCCCAUGGAGGACCAGCUCGCCACCAUUCCUUCAAACCGGGAACCACCGCCCGAGCUUGACGGAGGGAAGCCGGCCCCUCCCAAACUGAGAUCGAAUGGAACUGAAACAGCAAAGCAGCGACUCCUCUCACCCUACACGGCAUUUGUGGACUUGAAGCCCCCCAGCUCGCCAUCGCCGAGGCCAGCAGCAGCAGCUGCUGCACCUGAUUCUGCACCUACGGCUGCUACAACUUUAUCGGCGGUGUUGGAUUACAGCGCCCUCGGCAGUGGGAAUCAGCUGAAGCAGCAACAGAGACCUCUUUCACCCUACACUAGGUAUGAAGAGCUCAAACCUCCCACCUCGCCAUCACCGAGGGCCCCAUCGGCAGCUUCGUCGGCGGCGUUGGACUCCAGUGCCAACGGCCCUCCCAGCAGCGGCGAUCAACUGAAUCAGCAGAAGAGGCCUCUUUCACCAUACACUAGGUAUGAGGAGCUCAAACCUCCCACCUCGCCAUCACCGAGGGCCCCAUCAGCAGCUUCUGCUCCUCCUGAUGCCCCUGCAGCUGCAGCUUCAUCGGCGGCGUUGCACUCCAGCAGCGGCGAUCAACUGAAUCAGCAGAAGAGGCCUCUUUCACCAUACACUAGGUAUGAAGAACUCAAGCCUCCAAGCUCCCCAACUCCUGCACCCGAACUAUAGAAGCUACUUUUUUUUAUAAGAUAAUGGGUUAAAUACCUGGCCUCUAUAUCUGAAAUGAUGUACACAGCUAAACAGUUGGAACCGGAGUACUUAGACUCUUCUUAUUACAUGAGUAUAGACUCUCCCAUUACAUGAGUGAGUUAACACAACAAAUAAUAGAACAAGAGAAAAACGAAGCUUUAAUUAUCACUCUAAAGCUCCACCCACAAUAUAAGAAAAAC